AUGAUAAUGAACAACAAAACUGUCAUCUCCCAGUUCAUCCUCCUGGGCCUGCCCAUACCCUCCGAGCACCAGCAUCUGUUCUAUGCCCUGUUGCUGGCCAUGUAUCUAACCACUGUCCUGGGGAACCUCAUCAUCAUCAUCCUUAUUCUACUGGACUCCCAUCUCCACACACCCAUGUACUUCUUUCUCAGCAACUUGUCCUUCUCUGACCUCUGCUUUUCCUCUGUCACAAUGCCCAAUUUGCUGCAGAACAUGCAGAGCCAGGACACAUUCAUUACCUAUGCAGGUUGCCUGACACAAAUGUACUUUUUUGAUCUUUUUGGUGGCCUGGAAAUCUUCCUCCUUGUGGUCAUGGCCUAUGACCGCUAUGUGGCCAUCUGCCUUCCCCUUCACUACACCAGCAUCAUGAAUCUCAAACUCUGUGUGUGUGUGGUGCUGAUGACCUGGGUAUUUAAUGUGCUGCAUUCCAUGUUGCACACUCUUCUCUUGGCUAGGUUGUCAUUUUGUGAGGACAACAUGAUCCGCCACUUUUUCUGUGACAUAUCUGCCCUGCUCAAGUUGGCAUGCUCUGAUAUUUAUAUAAAUGAACUUAUGAUAUUUAUCUUGGGAGGGCCCCUUAUGGUCAUCCCAUUCUUACUCAUUGUUCUGUCUUAUGUACAAAUUGUCUUCUCCAUUCUAAAGGUUUCAUCUACUCGGGCCAUCCACAAGGUCUUCUCUACCUGUGGCUCUCACCUAUCUGUGGUGUCACUGUUCUAUGGGACAAUUAUUGGUGUGUACUUAUGCCCAUCAACUAAUAACUUUACAGUGAAGGAGGCUUCCAUUUCCAUGAUAUACACAGUGGUGACUCCCAUGUUGAACCCUUUCAUCUACAGCCUGAGGAACAGAGAUAUAAAGGAGGCCCUUCUAAAAUUGGUGUAUAAAAGGAAAACAAGAUUGUGA